AUGGCACCGUCCGGCCUUGCAAUAAUCAUCGGCGCCGGCCCGACCUCUGGAGCCGGCAUCGCGCGCGUGCUGGCCGACCCGGCCCAGGGCAACCUCGCCGUCGCCCUCCUGGCCCGAAACGCAGGCAACCUUGCCAAGCUCCGCGACGCGGUCCGCCAGUCGUCCAACGGCGGCGUGCUACACUCGUUUCCCACCGACACACAGCCUGACAACCUCCGCCAGGCGUUUAAGGACAUCGCGUCCCACCCGGACUUCUCGGACCUGAACCUCAAACUGGCCAUCUACCACGUCAAGCACAGCAGCAAGGGCCCCUUCCUCGAGGGCUCCGCCGAGGACUUCGGCGCCAGCCUGCAGACCUACACGACGGGGGCGUUUGCCUUCGCGCAGGAGGCGCUAAAGCUCAUCUACGCGCAGCAGGGCGGGCAGACCCUCCUCGCCGACACGGGCGGCGCCAAGAAGGGGACCAUCAUCCUCACGGGGACGCUGGGCGCGGUGCGGACCAACGAGGGCUACGCCGCGUACGGGGCCGGGCGCGCCGGCGCCAGGAUGGUCGCGCAGGCCGUGGCCAAGGAGCACUCCCGCUUCGGCGUGCAGUGCGUGCACGCCAUCGCCAACGGCGGCAUCGUGGACGAGGAUAGUGAUGACACCAGGACGGGGAGGAAGAUGAGCGCCGAGGCCGUCGGCAGGACGUACCUGUGGCUGAGCGGGCAGGAGCCCGCGCUGUGGGUGCACGAGCUCGACCUGAGGCCUGCGCAGGAGAAGUUCUAA